AUGGCAAAUUCAAUCAUAAUAACCCUUUAUUUGUUGGCAUUCUCUUGUUUUGCCUUGUACACUCCAGCAUCCUCCAACAGUAACCAAACAGAUUUGCUUUCGUUGCUUGCCUUGAAAGAAGCCUUAAAUGUCGAUCCAAACGGAGCUCUAAACUCAUGGAAUCGAACUACAAACUUCUGCACGUGGAACGGAGUCACAUGCGGUCGGAGGCACCCGAAUAGAGUUAUUGCCAUAAACUUGUAUUCUCAAGGAUUGAUGGGAUCACUUUCACCUCAUAUAGGUAAUCUUUCAUUCCUUAGAAAAAUCAAUCUCGGAAAUAAUAUCUUCAAUAGCCGAAUUCCCCAAGAAAUCGGUCUUUUAAGAAGACUUGAGUAUAUAGAAUUUAGCAACAAUUCGUUCACAGGAAGAAUAGUGCCUGAAAAUAUUUCCCAAUGGAGAAAUCUAGUUUAUCUUAACUUGAUAAACAACAAUCUCUCUGGACCUAUACCUCCGGAAAUCCAAUUUUUGGAGAAACUAAGAGUUCUAGGCUUGGGUAAGAACAAAAUUUCGGGGCUAAUCCCUCAUUUUUUUGGAAACCUAACAUCUCUAAGAACCCUUUAUUUAAGGUCUUGCGGCUUUGAAGGAGAAAUUCCACAGUCAUUUUCCCAACUUGAAGGACUAAGUUAUCUUAAUUUGGGUGAAAACAAUCUCAUAGGCACUAUUCCUUCAGCUAUGUUCAAUAUAUCUACUAUUGAGCAAUUUCAAGUUGAUUUUAAUGAUAUUCAUGGAACCAUACCCUCUACUAUAGGCCUAAAUCUCCCUAAUCUGAAGCUUCUAGUCUUGGGAAAAAAUCAAUUUAGUGGGCGUGUUCCGAUCUCUCUGUCGAAUGUUUCCUCCCUCGAAUUAUUGGUUUUGUCGGUUAAUAAUUUUAAUGGGAUAAUGCCAAGGUUUGGGGGACUUUCAAAGCUUGAUUCUUUAUAUGCUGCAGAAACCUUGAUUGAAGAUGAUAUUAGUUUCAUUUCAUCGUUAACGAACUGCACAAGCCUACGAGUUCUUGAUUUAGGAGAUAACCCUUUAAUUACCGGUUCAAUUCCGGAAACAAUUGCGAAUAUGUCAACCCUUUUUGAUAGACUAGGAAUUUAUGGUACUCAAAUAGCUGGAAGGAUUCCUGCAGGCAUCGGAAACCUUAUUCGUCUCACGCGCUUACAACUUUCUUACAACAAUCUUGAGGGUCCUAUUCCUUUGAGCAUCGGUAGACUAUUUAAUUUGCGCGUUCUUAACUUGGAAGAUAACAGAAUUACAAGUGAUGCACCGUCCGCAUUUGGAAACCUGACUUUUUUGUACUCUCUAUCCUUGCAAAUAAACAACUUCUCUGGAAUUAUUCCCACGAGUCUUGUUAACUGCACCAACAUGCGAGAAUUAGAUCUUUCUCGAAACAACUUCAUUGGCCCAAUACCCCGAGAGAUUCUUAUUCCCACCAGCUAUGUUUUCUUGAAUUUGUCUUACAAUGAACUCACGGGUUCGAUUCCAGUUGAAGUUGGUUCACUGACAAAGGUGGAAGUCUUAGAUUUUUCUAAUAAUAGACUGUCUGGACUUGUUCCAAACUCUUUAGGGAGGUGCAAUAGUUUGGAAUGGCUACAUUUGGAGGGUAAUUUAUUCGAAGGACAAAUACCUCAGGAACUGGGUUCUUUGAGAGGCUUGAUAAAUCUAGAUCUUUCACGGAAUAAUUUGUCUAGAACAAUCCCAAUUUUCUUCAGUGAGUUACAUCUCCAAAAAUUGAACCUAUCUUUCAAUAUGUUGCAAGGAAAAGUGCCGAUAACUGGAGUCUUUAAAAAUAAGACUGCGAUUUCGUUGGAAGGAAAUAAAAAUUUGUGUGGAGGAAUUUUUGAGUUAAAUUUUCCUCCAUGUUCUUCAUCGUCAAUUUCCUCAAAGAAUAACUUAUCCACUCUUAUAAAAGUAGUGAUCCCAAUAGUUGGAGUUGCAGCAAUCUUGUGCCUCAUCAUUAUUCUUUACAAGAGAAGAACUAUCAACACAAGUUUGUCUUCUCUACCAUUAUCUGCAGGAAUACCUUUUUUAAGGCUUUCAUAUGCAGAUCUCUUACACGCAACAAAUGGAUUUUCGGAGUAUAAUAUUUUAGGUCGUGGGAGAUUCGGAUCUGUUUACAAAGGCAUUAUCGAUAAUGGCCACACAUUUUUAGCCGUGAAAAUUCUUAAUCUUUUUGUAAAAGGAGCUUCUAAGAGUUUCAUGGCGGAAUGCAACGCACUGAGUGGCAUAAGACACAAAAAUGUCGUGAAAAAGUUGAGUGUUUGCGAAAGCGUUGACUUCCAAGGAAACGAUUUCAAAGCAUUGAUUUACGAAUUGAAGGCUUAUGGGAGUUUGGAUAAAUGGUUGUGCUACAAUAGGGAACAAGAGAAAGGUCAAUCUGAAACCCAACUUAGAUAUCUUGACAUUAAACAGAGGCUCAACAUUGCUAUUGAUAUUGCUCGAGCAGUUGAAUAUCUCCAUUGUGGUACUAAUUCAACAAUUGUUCACGGCGAUUUGAAGCCAAGUAACAUUCUUUUGGAUCAAGAUAUGACGGCUUGUGUUGGUGAUUUUGGAUUAGCAAAGAUUAUUUCAAGCAUACUUUCACCGCAAGAAAGUAGUGGCACAAUUGAAAUAAGGGGUACCAUUGGCUAUGUCCCUCCAGAAUAUGGCAUGAGUAACACGAUCACAACAAAAGGCGAUGUGUAUAGUUACGGCAUCCUUGUAUUGGAGAUGUUCACAAACAGAAGACCAACAGAUGAUUCAUUUAUGGAUCAUGUCAAUCUUCAUAAUUUUGCUGUCGCAGCAUUACCGGAUCGUGUAAUGGAAGUUGUGGAUCCUCUCAUUAGAAUAGGCCCUCAUCAAAAUAGUAGUAAGAUCGAGGAUUUUAUGGCUUCUAUUAUCAGCAUUGGAGUCUCGUGUUCAAAGGAAGUGCCGAGAGAAAGAAUGUUGAUGAAAGAUGUUAUUAGUGAAUUGCAAAACAUUCAAAAAGAAUUAUGUGGCUGA